UCAUACACCAUUCAUUACCACUCCCCACCACACAAACACAGGCACGUGCAUCCAACACUACCACGUGUAAGAUCCAGCAAUCGGCCGAGAUGGUGAGUUUGGACGUCAUCCGUAAGGCGCAGAGAGCCGAAGGCCCGGCCACCGUGAUGGCGAUCGGCACGGCGACUCCACCCAACGCGGUGGACCAAAACACGUAUCCGGACUACUACUUUCGCAUCACCAACAGCGAGCACAAAACAGAGCUGAAGGAGAAGUUCAAGCGCAUGUGUGAAAAGUCUAUGAUCAAGAAAAGGUACAUGUACUUAACGGAGGAGAUCUUGACGGAGAACCCAAACGUGUGUGCUUAUAUGGCCCCUUCCUUGGACGCUAGACAGGACAUGGUUGUGGUUGAAGUACCCAAGCUAGGCAAGGAAGCUGCAGCCAGGGCUAUCAAGGAGUGGGGCCAGCCCAAGUCCAAGAUCACCCACCUCGUGUUCUGCACCACCAGCGGCGUCGACAUGCCAGGCGCUGACUACCAGCUCACCAAGCUCCUCGGCCUCCGUCCAUCUGUCAAGCGCUUCAUGAUGUACCAGCAGGGAUGCUUCGCUGGUGGGACCGUCCUCCGCCUCGCCAAAGAUCUAGCUGAGAACAACAAGGGUGCACGUGUCCUGGUCGUCUGCUCCGAAAUCACUGCCGUCACCUUCCGUGGGCCCAGCGACACCCACCUCGAUAGCCUGGUCGGCCAAGCGCUCUUCGGAGACGGCGCAGCUGCUGUGAUUGUCGGUGCGGAUCCCAUACCUGGUGUAGAGUCACCACUCUUUGAGUUGGUCAGUGCAGCCCAGACAAUCCUACCGGACAGCGAUGGGGCUAUCGACGGUCACCUCAGGGAAGUGGGUCUGACCUUCCACCUCCUCAAAGACGUCCCGGGCCUCAUAUCGAAGAACAUAGAGAAAAGCCUGGUUGAGGCCUUCGAUCCUUUGGGGAUCUCAGACUGGAACUCUCUGUUCUGGAUUGCGCACCCUGGCGGACCCGCGAUCCUAGACCAGGUGGAACUUAAGCUGGGCCUUAAGGCCGAGAAGCUGCGAGCGACGAGGCACGUCCUGAGCGAGUUCGGCAACAUGUCGAGCGCAUGCGUGCUCUUCAUACUGGAUGAGAUGCGGCGGAAGUCGGCCGAGGAUGGGUUGGUGACCACCGGCGAGGGGCUGGAGUGGGGCGUGCUCUUUGGUUUCGGACCUGGGCUCACUGUCGAGACCGUCGUACUCCACAGUGUGGCUGCUAAGUAAGAGUAUUAGAUUGCACGUGUGAAAGAAGGGCUGGCUGCAUGCAUCCAUGCAUUGGCUCGAUUGCUGGCGGUGUUUUGCUGUUUCCAUACGUGUGGGUGUUGAAAUGUGAAAUGGAGACUUGGACGGUGGUUGUGUUGGCUUGUGGUUUUGGUUGACUUGGACCACACAUUGGCCUGGAAGCCAUAUCUACGUUUAUCUCUUAUUAUGAUCUAAAUAAUAGUAUUAUUAUUUU